AUGAAUAUUCCUCAGGCGUCUUCUAGUAAUUGGAAGAAACUUAUGCAACUAAGGGGUGUGGCUAGGUCAAUGAUCAGAACAAGGGUUGGAUGCGAUUCACAAACCUUCUUUUGGGAUAACAAUUGGCUCCAAGGUGGGCCUCUUACCUUCAGAGCAACUCCGGGUUUCAUUCGUGACUCACACAUACCAGCUGAACAAAGGCUCUUUGCAUUCUCUUCAAACAACAAUUGGGAAUUCCCAAUUGAAAUCACUCAGCAGUUCCCGGACCUCCUACUCCUCGAUCCCCCUUGCAACACACCUGAUAAAGUAGAGUGGAUUCCCUCACCAACUGGUAUUUUCUCACUUACCAAUACAGUGGCUUGGCUAGCACCUCGCCAUCAACCGCGACCAUGGAAUCACUUGGUAUGGAACUCCUUCUCCAUCCCGCGAUGCAAAUUUAGCUUUUGGCUCGCUGUGCAGAGGCGGCUUCCUACAAAGGAUAGAAGAUGUAUGCAGUCCUUUCCUGGAUCUAAACUCUGUCUCCUCUGCCAAUCAGUAGACGAAUUGCAUGACCACCUGUUCUUUUCGUGUUCCUUCACAAGACCUAUUUGGAGCUUCUUGCAACUGAAAUGUAGAUUUCGCGCAUCCAAUCUCUCUUGGGAGGAAUUUGUCAAUUGGGCAUCCAACCAUUGGAGAGGUCGGACCUUGCAAAACUCAGUCAAAAAAUUGGUUAUCUCUACCAUCGUCAAUCGGAUAUGGACUAAGCGUAAUGAACGGAUCUUCCGGCAAAAACGUUGCUCCCAAUCGAGGAUCUUGAAACAAACAAUGGAGAUGGUGAAACAGCGGCUGCAAUCUAUGAGGGUUAAGGAUUCAAUCACAGCAAGGAGACUUGUGCUCGAAUGGGAUCUUCCCCAGAGUUUCAUUAGGCCACCACCAGAACCUGAUUGA